AAUUCAUUCUUUGAGUUAAAUUUGCCCAAUAAAGACAAACUUUUGAACGGUUGAGUUUAUUAGCACUGCUCCCAAAAAAGAAAAACGGAGUUAGAGCAACAAUUUCAUUUGUUUUCAAUAAAUUUUUAGUUUUUGGACUUGGAUAAACUGAAAAAUUAUUAAACGGAGAAGUUGAAAUAAAAAGAGAAUUGCCACUAAAAUUAAGAUUUAUUUUUACAAAGUUUUCAAAACAAAAUCAUAAGAAAAGAGUGAAGAAGAACUAAUUCACGAGCAAAGAAAAAAGUUAGGCAACGCAAAACUGAAAAAUCGAUUGUAAGGGGGCAGAUAAGAGGAACUCAUUCGUAUAUUAGCGAAAACUCGGUUGGAGGAGACCAGAGUCGUGUUUCGUGCAUCAUUUAAUAUAAUAACAGGCAGGCUUCGGUGGAAAAGCAAAAAAAAAGUAGCAAUAUAGAGAAUAAAUAAAAUUGGAAAAAAAAAAUGGCUGACGUUGAAUCAAGUGCUGUUGUCCAGCAACCGUCUUCGGCCGCCAGUAGCAUGAGCUUAAAUUCUAUCCCACUAUUGGCGUCCGGCGAGCUUCUCGGCGAAAACAGCAGUGCCCAAGUAAGUCUCCAACAACAACAAUCUCAACCCGUUGUUGGCACAGUUGGUGGAGGUAAUGGAGGCAGCGCAGGCACAUCCUCGAGUUCAGUCACCAAUUCGGGAUCUAUGGUAAUAGAUGGUGCAGCUAGUGAAAAUACAAGUUUGGUUAAUAGUGGAGUGAUUGGUAGUGGUGUAGUGGGUGGUAGUAAUUCGGCGAGUAUUGGUGGGGGUAAAAUGGACUCCGGGGAACCACCAGCUAAGAAGCAAAUGCUCGAUCAUCCGAGUACAUCUGCGGGGAGUGGUAAUAGUUCAUCGCAACACGAAAAGCUCGAGUUCCGUCUGGGAGGGAUUUUAUGUUGUGCUGUUUGCUUGGAUUUGCCGAAGACAGCCAUGUAUCAGUGUCAAAUGGGCCAUUUAAUGUGUGCCGCUUGUUUUACACAUUUACUCGCAGACGGACGCUUACGUGAUCAAAUUGCAACAUGUCCAAAUUGCCGCGUUGAAAUUUCAAAGAGCACUGCAUCACGUAAUUUAGCUGUGGAGAAAGCCGCAUCCGAGUUGCCCAGCGAAUGCCAAUACUGCAAUAAAGAGUUUCCUUAUAAGUCGCUAGAUCGCCAUGAACAAUACGAAUGCCAAGAACGGCCUACAAACUGCAAAUAUUCACGAAUUGGCUGUCAAUGGCGUGGACCGAACCAUGAAACAAAUGAGCAUGAACGCAACUGCUUGCAUCCCACAAAAUCUGGUUAUGAGGUAAUGGCUGCACUGGAAGCCCAUGAUGCCAAUAUUAAAGAAGAAAAGAAAGUGUUCAAUACAUUAAUAGAUUUAUUGAGUUAUGAAAAGAUUAUAUUUAACGAUCUCCAAAUGAAGCCCUAUCGUACCGAUGAAUAUGUACACAAAUUGUUCUAUGAGACAGCUAGAUUUACGGCAUUCAGUCAGCAGUGGGUGGUAAAGUCACGCAUUAACAAUAGUCAACGUGAUCCGCAUCAAUCCAAUGAACGCACUAUAACUUAUCAGCUAAUUUUGAAAACAAAAACGAGCACACCCAUGAGCAUUCACUUUUUUGCUUUGAAAGGGCCCUUCUCAGACAUGAAGGUAGCUACACAAAUCUACAAACACGAAUUUACAGACCAAAGCAGCGAAAGUGAUUACUAUGUGCUGCCUCUGCCGGAUAGCUCCGAGUGCAAUAGGCUCUUAUCGAACAAAGGAAUAAAUUUCCGCCUAUUGAUGUUUUUGCUUAAUAAAUAAACAAAUGUUCACUGACUUAUUUAUAUUCGCAAGAAAAUUAUAUAUAUAUAUAUAUAUAUAUAUAUAUAUAUAUUUCAAAUCAAAAUUAUUUUGUAGUUUAAGCCAUAUUUUACGUAUACAUACAUAUAUAAGUCGUUUAUAAUGCUUAAAGUUAAAUUCACUAUGUACGUAUUGAUGUGAAGGGGGUAGGACAAAUUGGCGGCGUUCUUUUCAAUUGACGUUAACCCGUUAGGCAUUGAUUUUUAUACUUCAUACACACGUAUUUUGAGUACGCAUCGUACAUAUAUUUAUAGUGACAAAUUGUGCACUAAAUUUAUAUAUUUUUUAAGUGAAAGUAAGGCUUUCAGCUCACAUACAUAGAGUCAAAAGUAUAUACAGUUGUGUUCACGAAUUUAGCAAUCCAUGCGAAGACAACAGUCUGUAUAGUUUUCUGAUUACUAACAUUUUUAUAUAAUUAUAGUUUUGCAAGUGGUUUACUAAGUAUGGACUAUGUACCACUAUAAUAGGUAUCUCAUAUAUUCUUGCUUUCGUCAUAAAACUCAUUUACAUGCAAGCAGCACCAGUAUUCUUCUUGGUGAAUAAAUUUCCAAGAAAAAUGUUAGUUAUCAUUUGGUAUGCUAAGAAGGAAAUCUAUAGAGAGAAUGUUGUCUUCUAACAGAGUGCUGAAUUCGUGAUAAGUAAGUAUAUCACUAUAUAAGUUGCUCAUAUAGGAACAAAUGGACAAAAAAUUGUUAAAAAAAAAAUAUAAAUUAUGCCACCAAAUCCGGCUGAAAACAUCCAAAUUACAAAACUAUAAUUUUUAUUUAGCGUCAACUCAUCAAUAAUACGCUGCCAUGACUAAAUAUGACUUAACAAGCAAUGUGAAGUGGCAAUUCAGUUCUGAAGUUUUAAUUUCGUUAAACAGAUCUUACAUAUUUUAAAAGUUUUUCGAAACACAAAAAAAAUUUACUAUACUAUAAUUUUGUGAAAAAAUGAAUUCAUAUUUAUGGAAGCUUAGGUUAUACAAUUACAACAUAGACAUAUGUAUACACAAUCCAAUAUUUGGUUCAAUUAUCAAAAUAAUUGAGGGUAGAAUUUCAUGUGUAAGGAUCUCAAACAUUGCAAUAAAACAGAAACAAAUAAUAACAUCAGCGAAUAGGAAAUAACAAAAAAAUUAAUAUAAUUGCAAAUAUUUAAUCUUCUACUAAAAUUAAUACCUAACACAAUAAUAUCGAUGUACCAAAUAAACAUUCUUUCAUAUAUACAUACAACACAUAUAGUACAUUGUCAUAGUAGUGAAUACAGAUAUUCAAUUUCGUUUCGGAUAACACAUUCAUAAUAAAUACAUAGACCAAUGUUCUGUAGAUUGUACACUGCAGCGCUUAUAUAUAUUAAUAUUAAUAAAUAAAUGUAUUACAUACAAA